GCCCCAAUCUUUGACAUCUCACAAGCCCAGAUGAGUUAUUCGAAGAGGAAGAAUUGGCCCAAAACAACACCCUACCAUCAUCCUUGGGAUUAUCCCAAUGAGAAGAAGACCAGGGAAGAGUUCUCGUAUGAGAGUAUGCGAAAGGAUGUUAAAUACCAUGCCAGGACUAAGUCUGAAUUACAAUCCCAUAUGGAAAUGCUGGACUUAAUCAAUUCUUGUGAGGCUGCAUAUAAGGCUGAUGUUCGUAAGCAGAAAGCUGCCGAAGCUCGAAACCAUAAGCACAAAGCUGAUGAACUUCCAAAGCAGAUAUCUCCUUUUGAUCCUUUUGAACUUCCAAAGCAGUCAACUGAUGAAUUUCGAAGGCAGAAUUAUACUAAGUUUCUGGCUUCUUUAGACGCUCGAGACCAGAAGAAGAAAGCUGCUGCAGAUCGAAAGAAAAAAGCUGCUGCAGAUCGAAAGCAGAAAACUGCUGAAACUCGAAAGCAGAAGGCGGAAGCUGCCGAAGUUCAAGAGCAGGAAACUGCUAAAGUUCAAAAGCAGAAGCAGAAAGCUGCUGAACUUCGAAAGCAGAAGGAGGAAGCUGCUGAAGUUUGUAAGCAGAAAGCCGCUGAACUUCGAAAUCAGAGAGCUGAAAUUCGUAAGCAGAAAGCUGAAGCUAUUGAAAUUCGUAAGCGCGAAGCUGAAGUUGCUGAAGGUAACAUCAAAAGUAAGCGGCAGAAGAAGCAAGUGUUGGAGGCUUAAGAUGAAGGACAUCCAAAAUUUAUAUGUUAGACUUCUUAUAAAGAAUAUUUAUAGGAGUAGGUGCUUACAUAAAUCAUUCUAAAUGCUGUAACUAAAAUUAAACUAUGUUUAGUUUUAUCAUGAAGUUGUGAGUGUUAGACACUUGGGAGGGUGAUAACCAAGCUCUCAAAUCUUGGUCUAUGUGUGUCUUGUUAUUCUGUACUAUUUCCUAUAUAACUUCUGCAAUUUGUCUAUGUUUAAACUUCUGGUUUUGAAUCAUUCUCCAGAAUUAUAUUCAUCAA